AUGAAAAUGCUGACCUGCACAUUUUGCCCGUUCAAAACGAAUCUGGAAAAUACGCUGAAAUCUCAUAUGGAGGCGCAUGUCAGUGGCCAAAUGAUGUAUACAUGCGAUACCUGCAACAUUCAAUUCACACUUAGAACCAACUUACAGCGUCACAAAACUUUACACGACAACUCGAAAUGGUUCGAAUGCAAGUUUUGUCUGAAAAAAUAUCCUCGGAAGGAUAUGAUGAAAGACCACACAAUGACUCAUAUUCGGCAAGAGAUCCAUUUCGAAUGCCCCGUACUUUCGUGUAACUUCGAAUGUCUUCUGUACUCGUCUCUCACGAGCCAUCUGGACUCCGAUCACAAUAUUUCUGCAGAGAAACCAGGCAACUGCAAAAUCUGUCGGCGCACGUUUGAUAAACCAAAUCGUCUUCUAAUUCAUUUCCACACUGGACACGAAGAUGACGAGAAAACUGCGGUGAAAAAAGAGCUCACGCCACGGAAACGAAAGAUCAAUGAUUCCAAUAGCUCAAAUCAAAUGACUACUCAUCUGGCUCCACUGAUAAAAAAGGAAAAUGUUGAUGAUUGCCUGAAUACUUUAGAAGGUGAGACACCUCUUCAACAACUUCUUGGACUGAUGAAUCAAACUCAUGAGAGCCAGAUUGAUUUAUCAGAACUGAAUAAUGAAGGUUCCUUUGAAAGAUCUGAGUCAGUGGAUACUGUAUCAACAUCUACCAUUUCGAAUGCUUCUACUUCAUCGCCAACCUUGAUGGAUUUUCAUGGAUUACCUGAUAGAACUGAAGAGAAACCAUUAUCUGAUCAUGGCACAACCCCAAUAUCGACAUGCCUGCACUGCGGAAUCACUUUCAACGACAUUAUAAUGUACUCGAUGCAUUCGCUUCUCCAUUCGGAACAAGACCCAUUUCAAUGUGGAUUGUGUGGGGUUCAAUGUCAAAACAAGUACACCUUCGCACUACACGUUGUUUAUUCUGAUCACAGCAAAAUGGAAACCAAUUCGACUGAUGCAGAAAUUCAACCAUAA